UCCGGGCGCGCCGGCGAGUGAGGAAGGACCUCGGACAAGAUGGCGGCGCGGAGGCUGCUGGCGGCUGCUCGGGGAGUCCGAGCGCCCCCAAAACCCGGGGGGAGUGAGGCUCGGAUCCAUAUGAGCUCCCACAGAGAGUUGAAGUAUGGCUGGUGGGCCUACAUGCUGGGUGAAAGAACGAUGAAGAAGUUCAAGGAGAACAGUAAAAUCAUCACCGUCGACGGAAACCUGGCUUCUGGCAAAGCUGCCUUGGCAAAACGUUUGGCUGACAAACUAGGCAUGUUAUACAUCCCUGAGGUUGACGUCCAUUACUGGGACAGGAAGACAGGUGAUGGCCAGAAGUUGAGUGCCAUAUUCAACGGCAACUGCAGUGUGGAAAAGUUUUACACUGAUCCCAAAUCUCCUGAUGGCAAUUCCUACCGGCUUCAGAACUGGAUGUACCACCUUCGCACCCUGCAGUACUCUGACGCUCUGGAGCACCUUCUCCAAACAGGACAAGGUGUCGUAUUGGAACGGUCGCCCUACAGUGACUUUGUUUUCCUCGAAGCGAUGUACAGACAAGGCUAUAUCCGGAAGCAGUGUGUCGAUCACUACAAUGAACUAAAAGGAAACAGCAUUUGUGAGUUCUUACCCCCUCACCUUGUUAUCUACCUGGAUGUACCUGUUGUGGAAGUUCAGAAGCGAUUGAAGCAACGUGGUGAGACUUACGAACAGAAUGUUUCCUCAGCUUAUCUACAAAGCAUUGAGGACGUGUACAAGAAGUCUUUUCUCCUGGAGAUCAGUGAAACAUCUGAAGUGUUGCAGUACGACACGAUCCAGGGCCCUGAGGCAGAGAAGGUUGCUGAGGACAUCGAGCUCUUGAAAUGGGAUAAAGGACCAUGGCUGGAGCAAAGUGAUGUUUCCUUCCAUUUACUCAGACAGCUGGUUGAGAACAAGCAGCGUGUCGCUGACCUGACAUCAUUCCCCAGAUUCCUUCCAGAAGUCACAGUUGGAGCUCAUGAGUUUGAUCAAAUGUAUUAUGCCUACCGACAGCUCCCAGGUCGAAGGUAUGCACAAGGUUUCAACGUUGACAUUGGGGAUAAGUGGAUCUGGUUAAAAUAACUGUGUGACUUCCAGAAGAGCAAUUAGAAUUGAUCGUGAAGGAAGAGAAAGCGAGGGAACUCGCUGCUCCCGAGGUGAAACGGCUGGCGUGGCAAAUCCGUCUAGAGUUACCUUCAACCUGUGCAGAAUUUUGAGCACCUUAUUUAAUCGACUAUAGCUAUCUAAUAAAACUUGACAUUGAA